CUUAUUGUUUUCGUACAUCAAGUCCUCUGGCAUACACUGGUUUGUCAUCUCUCUGUUCUUUUUCGUGGUAAUGGAAGCGUGUUCUGUGGCUACAGGAGUAUGGUUAGCCCACUGGAGCGCAGCAAACGUGACCACAAACCAUCAAAGGGACUUUUAUCUAUUAAUCUAUGGAAGCAUCGGAUCGGGUCAGACCCUCUUUACCCUUUUGUACUCCUUGGCAUUGUUUAUAGGGGCGAUUAGAGCUUCCCGAAUACUUCAUCGUAAAUUAAUCGUGAACAUCUUGCGGUUACCGAUGAUGUUCUUUGAUACGACACCGAUUGGUCGGAUUAUGAACCGGCUGUCGAAGGAUAUUUAUUGCAUUGAUGUGACAAUUCCAUUAUCUCUGAAGUCGUUCUUACAGAUGUUUUUCGAUGUCCUUGGGAUGUUGGUAGCUGUUAGUUACGCCACACCACUCUUCCUGACUGUUGUUCCUCCUUUGGGAGCACUUUAUUUUUACAUACAGAGAGUAUACGUGGCUACAUCGAGACAGCUGAGAAGAAUCGAGUCAGUGAGUCGAUCACCAAUAUACAGUCACUUCCUGGAAACAAUCACCGGUGUCAGCACCAUACGGGCUUUCUCACAACAGCAGCGCUUCAUCCGGGAUAAUUAUAGGAAAUUAGACGAAAACCAAGAAGCACAUUACUUGGCUGUUACUGCUGACAGAUGGUUAUCUCUUCGUUUGGAAUUCAUCGGCAAUUGCCUGAUCCUGUUUGCAGCAUUGUUUGCAGUAAUCAGCCGAGAAAAGAUCAGUGGAGGUCUUGUGGGACUUUCUGUAACCUAUGCGGUGCAGAUAACUCAGAAACUUGCCUGGAUGAUUCGGAUGUCAAGUCAACUGGAAACCAACUUAGUAUCAGUUGAGAGGGUGAAAGAGUAUUCUGAUGCCCAGACAGAGGCGGAAAGAGUCAUUCCUGAUAGCCGGCCGUCUCGUGUUUGGCCACAGCAGGGAAUAGUCUUAUUUGAUAACUUCCAGUUGCGAUACAGAGAAGGACUUCCAUUGGUUCUGAGAAAGAUAACCUUCAUAAUCAAGCCAGCUGAAAAGAUUGGCAUUGUGGGUCGAACAGGAGCUGGGAAAUCGUCCUUGGCCUUAGCCUUGUUUCGUAUUCUUGAGAGAUCAGGUGGUAAAAUUGUCAUCGAUGGUGUUGAUAUUGCCACCAUUGGACUCAGAGAUCUCCGUUCGCGGCUUACCAUUAUUCCACAGGAGCCUGUGUUGUUUUCUGGAACUCUCCGUCUAAACUUAGAUCCGUUCAAUGAACAUUUCGAUGAAGAGCUUUGGAGAAUACUGGAAGUGAGUCAUUUGAAAAGAUUUGUGAUGAGUUUAAGAGGAGGACUUCAGUAUGUUAUAGCCGAAGGAGGUGAAGAUCUCAGUGUUGGCCAGCGACAACUGAUUUGUUUAGCGCGUGCACUUCUCCGUAAAAGUAAGAUCCUGGUUCUGGACGAAGCAACAGCCGCGGUAGACCUGGAAACUGAUGAACUCAUUCAACAAACGAUUCGACGAGAGUUCGCUGACAGUACGGUGUUCACCAUCGCCCACAGGCUAAACACCAUCAUGGACUAUGACAGGUAA